AUGCUCUUCAGCCUUAUCCUCGCCAGCCUCCCCACUGGUGUCUCCGCCACCACUAUGCAGUGGACGAACGCCACCCUCGGACACAAGUGGACGGCCGCGCAGCUCGCCAACUCCUCCUUCCCAAAGCAGGAGCUGCUAGCGCGCGUGCACUGGCACCCGGCUCCUGAAGCCUCGGGCGUGGCAACACUUUCCAUCUCCACUAUGUCUGCCACCAUCUCAACCGUCAAGCGUUCGUCCUUCACUACUGUACCUGCGUCCAAGCCCACUACGCGGUCGGCACAGUCCUCCGCCGUCUUGAAACACUCCAGCUCCGCCUCGGCAUCCUCCAACUCUUCUGUAAAGCCCUCCACCUCGGCGCAUCCUGCUUCCGCCUCGAACGCCACACCCCUCCUCUGCGUAGGCGCGCGCAACGCCACGGCGGUCCUCGUGCCGUGCCACGACGCGGCGUCCGCCCUGGUCUUCGGGACGCACAACCACAUUGGUGCGGGGCGGGGCUGCCUCGCCGCCCUUUCGACCGCGCCAAGCAACGGCACACGCGUCGUGGUGGAGGAGUGCGAUCCCGCCUCAGACGCCCAAAUCUGGAAGUGGCACUCCGGAAGCGCGUGGACGUUCAGCCACGCCGGCCUGUGCCUCGACGUCACGGACGGCGUGUACGCCGUCGGCACGCCGCUGCAGCUGUGGAGCUGCGAGGGCGCCAGCCAUGCCAACCAGGCGUUCGCGUGGCAUAAGCUUCUCCGCCUCGACUACGGCGCCGACCCGGUCGACAUCGACGCCAUCACACUCUCGUGGUAG